CUCCGUAACUCAAAUAAAACCCACUUCAUCAAACCACUUCACACCCACUUUCUCUCUCUCUCUCUGACUUCAUCUCUCCCAAAAGGUUUAACCUUCAUCCAUGGCUGCUUUACUUGUUUCCAUGCUCAUCAUCAUCAUCUCCAUGGCUGCUCAAUCAAGUGCUACAUGGUGUGUGUGUAAAAAAGGUGGACAAGAUAAAGUGCUACAACAAGCCAUAGACUACGCUUGUGGUAACGGAGCUGACUGCACCCAGACGCACCAAGGUGGCAAGUGUUUCAACCCUGACACCAUUCUUGACCAUUGUAACUAUGCAGUCAAUAGUUAUUUUCAGAACAAGGGCCAGGCCCCUGGCUCAUGUGAUUUCUCCGGUGCAGCCAUGGUCACUACCACAGAUCCCAGUGCUAAUGGGUGUACUUAUCCCACGUCUGCAAGUGGGUCUACAAACACUCGUACACCGGGUUCUUCGUUUGGCAACACUCCGUCGACAACUGGUGGGUUAGGUGGUGGAAUGGGAAACUUGGGUCCGUCUGCAUCCGAUGACAUUAGCCAUGGUGGGGUUAGGUUACAUCAACAAACCAACAUUUUCGGGUUUUUGGCUAUUGUAGUUGCCGGAGUGGUGAUGCUUGCUUGGGGUUAAUGAAAAAUGGGGUUUUGUAUUUGUUUUUGGUGGUAUGUUGGUGUCUCCUCCCUGAUUUAUGUGGAAUAUAUGUAACAUUUAGUGUAGGGUUUUUAUUAUUAGUUCUAUUUUGAUUUUCAAUGGGUUAUUUCUCGUUUCAAAUUUU